GUCAGGGCGUGACACAGGGAGAAAAUCUGCCUCAUGAUUUGCCAGUAACAAGGACUAUUUGUAGUGGUGAGAGCUUUACUUUGGCUAUAUGCUGUACUAUGUCAGUUUAGUCCGCACAGUUAUUUACUUAAGCCCCAUUCCGCAACCAAUUAGAGUAGCGCAGCUCCUCUUCAGUGUGAGAGUGUACCUGACGAGUAACGAGAGCUCUCUUUGGGUCUCUUUUCUAUCACGGCACUCUAUCGGUAGAGGAUGUCUGCACAGGUCCCCUGACUCAGCAGGUGGAGGGUUAUGCAUGUUAUGCUGCAGAGGGAAGACCUACGACCCCAGCAGUGGCCAGAUGAAGUCCGUUGCCGGGACUCUGUACGACCUUCAGGUUCAGGACAGGCUCUCAGAGGAUGCCCAGUGCUGUGGGAAUCUCCUGAUGGAGGCCGGCUCCACCUGCUGCUCCGACCCAGGACUAGACCUGCUCUACCCUACCCAGCCAGGGUUCACCUGCUGUGGGCACCGAUACCCCAACUCCUCCCUGUGGUCUUGCUGUGCGGGGGUCCUGCACCCAAGGCUUGAACCACACACCACCAGCAUGAACAUGACUCCAGGACCUAGGAUUCUACCACUGGGGAGCCUGAAGACGGAAGUCCUGUGUGACACCAGAGUUCUGCUAGGGACAGUGGAGAGUGUGUCUGUGAAGAGGAAUGAGCGGUCCAUCAUGAUGGGGAAGGUCAUGUCCAUGCAGGCCUUGUGUGGCCCUGUCAACGCCCUGCCUGCCCCUCACUACCUCACAUACUGCAGCUCUACUGAACUGGUGCCGGGCAACACUGACAUCUGGGUGGAAACAAGACAUUUCUCAGAAACAGUAAACUUCAUCUCUGAUCUCAGCGACUAUUCCUCCCUUCUCUCUUCCACCCUCUCCAGGUGCUCAAAAUUAUACUUUAACCAUAUUUUUUGAUGCUAUAUGGUGUUUGUUUAUAUUUACAUUGUUUACAAACAAUAGCUUUAAAAAAAGCUAAUUUUGUGUUCUGAUGGGGAAGGACAGUUUAUCUAAACUCGUGAGGCACACGUUAUAUUCUUCAAGAAUCAUUUGGUAUAUGAUUAGUUUACAGAUUGCCCCUUUAAGCUGUCAGUGGAUGUUUAAGAUAUUUUGAUUUGCUUACAAAAAACGACCGUGUUUAUGCUCUCUCAUGAGUCAUAUCUCAGGAUAAGCCAUAUGUAUGAUGUUUGUCUGGUUAGUGUUUUCUGUUAUUCUAUCACAAAAGUUCCUUUUUAAUGUUAUUGCAUUUUUAUGCAGAUCCAGCUAACAAACCAGGCUGGGUCUGAUGUAACCAUAUAGACAGCAGAGAAGUUGCCUGAACAAGCAAGCUUUGUAGCCAUGAGCAAUGUUUCUCCUCAGGGUCAGUGGGAACCCGUCGUUCAGGGCAGUUUUGAGCCCCACCUGUUUAGCUGAAAUGAAAAUGAAAAUAUAUUAUACAGUACCGGUAAAAAGUUUGGACACAC